CCUCCUUGUUCUACUAAAUUGGUCAAUAAAGACAAAUCAUUAAGCCAUGAGACCGCCCCGCUGGACCUACCUCCUACACCUUGGACCAGUGCCCCUUUGGGUCGCAAAGUGCUUCCAUUACUGCCGACACCACCUCCUCGGGACAUGAUUUCCAUUACUUCUUCCCGGUGGCGGGCAAUUCCCUUGCCGCCGUGGAGUAUCCGACCAGCCGGCACAAUUUUGAAAUUUUUUAUUUGUUCGUAG